AUGUUCAUUGUUAGCAGCGAGAUCAAUGGCCCAAUUAUCAGCGUCGCCGGCCGAAUGCCGGAGGCGGCGGGAAAAACGCGCGUCACAACCGCGCGUCACAACCGCACGCCAACACGUCCCGCGCUGCCCAUAACGGGAGAGACUCAUCCGCGGCUAGCUGGAACCAAUCAAGCCAUCGGAUCCGCUCCGAAAUUGGAAUCGCAGUCCACG